UUUUCCGUGUUUUUCUCGCCCUUUUUCUUUUCAAUAUUGCAACUCUAGUGCCCCGUGGCCCAGAGGGGAAGGCAGGUCGGCGCGCCGAAUCCGGGAGCCGCAGGGAUUGGUGGCACUGCCCUUUCUGGCACAGAAGCCUCGGGCAGCGCUGGCGGAGGAAGCCCGCCCAGAGGCCAAAUCCUCCCGCGGGCUGGAUGCUCUCUCUCCCUUCGCGCUCCGAGCGCUGAGUGCGAAUCAACCUCGUGGCCUGAAGAGCAGGGCAUCCAAGUAAGAUUGGACGAGCUCAUCGGGCGGAACCCGGAGUCCUUUGAAUCUCCCCAAAGAAAAAGAGCCAGCCCCCACUCUCCCACAUCAAAGCGGAGAUUCGGUGACUCUUAACUUUGUUACAAGCUCUCUGGGGCCGGCUGGGGUUUUGUUUUGCUUAUUUCCAAGAGGGAGAAGAUGAGAAGUAGCGCACUUUGAGCGGCGAGGAAAAAGUGAGGAAGAGAGAAGAGCCCGGGAUUGAAUCCGGGACUCUAAGAGGGAAAAGACAGCCCAAACCACCUGGACCCUCGCUGGUCUCGGCGAGCCACCGCCUCUCGACUGGUGUGUUUGGACAUUUCUGCUGCGCAGUUACGAGAGCAACUCUCAGCGGCUGCAUUCUUGGCCCAGUUGGCAGGUCGCCUCCUGGUGUGCGGAGCGACUCCUCGCUCGCGCCCUCGGCGCUUCUAGCUCUCCUGAGCCCCUCCGGGGGCACCGGCCGGCGCUCCCGCUGCGUGGCUGCGGGCUCCGGCCUGAUCGUGGGAUGUUAGCUGUGGGGGCGAUGGAGGGCACCCGGCAGAGCGCGUUCCUGCUCAGCAGCCCGCCCCUGGCCGCCCUGCACAGCAUGGCAGAAAUGAAGACCCCGCUGUACCCCGCCGCGUACCCCGCGCUGCCCGCCGGCCCCCCCUCCUCCUCGUCCUCCUCGUCCUCCUCGUCAUCACCCUCCCCGCCUUUGGGUUCCCACAACCCAGGCAGCCUGAAGCCCCCGGCCGCGGGGGGGCUCUCAUCCCUGGGCAGCCCCCCGCAGCAACUCUCGGCCGCCACCCCACAUGGCAUCAACGACAUCCUGAGCCGGCCUUCCAUGCCCGUGGCCUCAGGGGCAGCCCUGCCCUCCACCUCGCCCUCCGGUUCCUCCUCCUCUUCCUCGUCCACCUCCGCUUCCUCCGCUUCGGCCGCCGCGGCCGCAGCUGCGGCCGCUGCCGCCGCCGCCUCAACCCCAGCGGGGCUGCUGGCCGGCCUGCCCCGUUUCAGCAGCCUGAGCCCGCCACCGCCGCCGCCCGGGCUCUACUUCAGCCCCAGCGCCGCGGCCGUGGCCGCCGUGGGUCGGUACCCCAAGCCGCUAGCCGAGCUGCCCGGCCGGACGCCUAUCUUCUGGCCAGGAGUGAUGCAGAGCCCGCCCUGGAGGGACGCACGCCUGGCCUGCACUCCUCAUCAAGGAUCCAUUUUGUUGGACAAAGAUGGGAAGAGAAAACACACGAGACCCACGUUCUCGGGCCAGCAAAUCUUCGCCCUGGAGAAGACUUUCGAACAAACGAAAUACUUGGCGGGGCCCGAGAGGGCUCGCUUGGCCUAUUCGUUGGGGAUGACGGAGAGUCAGGUCAAGGUUUGGUUCCAGAACCGCCGGACCAAGUGGAGGAAGAAGCACGCAGCCGAGAUGGCCACGGCCAAGAAGAAGCAGGACUCGGAAACCGAGCGGCUGAAAGGGGCCUCAGAGAACGAGGAGGAGGACGACGACUAUAACAAGCCCCUGGACCCCAACUCGGACGACGAGAAAAUCACGCAGCUGCUGAAGAAGCACAAGUCCGGCAGCGGCGGCGGCGGCCUCCUGCUGCACGCGUCCGAGAACGAGAGCUCGUCCUGAGCGCCCGCCGCCCACCCGGCCUCCGGUCACUCCGCGGCGGCCGCGGGGACCGCGCAUCCCGUCUUCCCGCUCCUCGGGGCCCGGAGGACACGGCCCCGCCUGCCGGGGGCCCUUUGCUAUUUUCUAAGAUGUACAUAUCUAUUUUUUUAACCUAGAAGUUGAGCGGGGCGGGGGAGAGAGGCUCGGAGGAUGAUGAGAAGGCAGAGAAGGGCAGGAAAUACACCGCAAGACUAACGCAACAGACGCCGCAGCUGGGCCACCCUACCGCCCCGCUCGGUGUCCUAGUCGCGUCCCCCUUCCCGUGUCCCCCCCGCGCCCCCGCCCCUGUCUUGCGGCCGCUGGCCAGGGCGGGGGCGCUGAGAAGGCCUCUGAACCCGUCGACACCCACCGCGCGGGGGACCUCGGAGCCACGCGGGCGGGCGGCCGGCCGCCACAGAUGGGAAGAGGGAUGUUUCUCCCGCACAAACUGCUGUGCCGACUAAAGUGGCCUGUUGAAGGCUCUUUGUAAAUAAAUCGUGAGUCUCACUGACUAGAAGUUACUCUAUUGUGAAUAUUUAAAAUGUAAAAUGCUUUUUUGAAUUUGGUGUAAAAAGAUGGACCUCCUUCUUUCUGCGACCCCUUCCCCUUUUAAGAGCUAUUCAAACCACGUUCCCCUUUGCUUAACUGGAGAAGCGUAGUAAAGAAUGCUCUCAUCCUCUCUCGCCCGCUCCCCUCCUGGGUUUGGAUUUGAUCAAUCCCAUUUCCCCUUCAUCCCUCUCGCUCUUCCCGGACCACCCCUGGCUCUGCACCCGGCUUCCGCCUCCAGCACUUGAAGUAGAACACUUGGAACCAGGACGGGCCUCAGACCUGCCUCUCUGUUUCUCUCCGAAAUUGCACAGUCGUUUGUUGCUAUUUAUUAGUGAUUUAAAGAAGGUGUUGGGGAGGGAGGGGCUACAAUAGCUUGUAUUUAAUUUAACUCCUUUCUGAUAAAAAUGCGUGUUAAAGUAGAUGGUGGGAAUUGUUACAACUGCUCUGGGUCAGAAACAUAAAAAUCCAUUUAGUUGCUGUAAUUGAAUUUGAAGUGUUUUGUAUCAUAAGAAUCCUAUAGACUAUGUAAAUUGUUUUCUUUUUUAAGCUAACAGUGAUAUAUUAGCAUCUUUAACUUUUAUUAAUUUAUAUAAGGAAUUCGGUUUGUAAAGAGAAGAAAACCCCCUUUGCAAGACCAGUUAAAUGUAAUGCACUUUCUGUUUCAGAGGAUAAAUCAAAUUAAAAAACAGUUGAAGACGU